AUGGCUGCCAAAACGGAUCUCAAUACCUACAAGUUCAAUCACUCGAUGAUUCGAGUCAAGGACCCAAAGGAGUCUGUCAAGUUUUACGAGUUCCUUGGAAUGAGCGUAGUCCGCAAGCUUGAAUUCCCUGAAGCCAAGUUUGAUCUCUACUUCCUGGCCUACAAUAACAAGGGUGCUGUUUCGUUUGGAAACUCCGGCAUUGACCGCGAGGGCGUCAUCGAACUUACUCACAACUACGGCACUGAGAAUGACCCUACCUACACUAUCAACAAUGGAAACAAAGACCCUCACCGAGGAUUUGGCCACACUUGCAUCUCCGUCGACAACCUCCAGGCCGCUUGCCAGCGCAUCGAGGAUGCUGGAUACAAGUUCCAGAAAAAGCUUACCGACGGGCGUAUGAAGCACAUUGCAUUUGCCUUGGACCCUGAUGGAUACUGGGUUGAGAUUAUUGGCCAGAAGCCGAUUGAAGAGACUGCUAACAUCAAAGAAACUGAUACUACAACCUACCGCAUGAACCACACCAUGAUCCGUGUCAAGGAUCCCCAAAAGUCUCUCAAAUUCUACCAAGAUGUUCUAGGCAUGUCUCUUUUCAGGACCAACGAAUCUCCCGACUCGGGUUUCAACCUCUACUUCCUCGGCUACCCUGGCACCCAGGGUGUCCCUCAAGAUGGCCGAACAAGCGACCGCGAAGGCUUGCUGGAGUUGACUUGGAAUUACGGUACCGAGAAGGAUGAGAACUUUUCCUACCACAAUGGCAACGACCAGCCUCAAGGCUUUGGUCACAUCUGCGUUUCUGUUGACGACUUGGACGCUGCUUGCCAGCGAUUCGAGGACCUCAAGUGCAACUGGAAGAAGAGGCUGACGGAUGGCCGCAUGCGCAAUGUUGCAUUCUUGCUGGACCCCGACGGUUACUGGAUUGAGAUUGUGCAGAACGACAAGUACAGCGACAAGAAUGUUGUCUAA